AUGGUUCCAAUCUGGGCCUCUCUGCUGCUGCUAUUUUUGAGCCUGCUCCAGGCCUCUGCUUACAAGCUGCCAGCCAUCCAGCUGAGUGGCCAAGAUGAUACAGUUCGAGAAAGCUCGGCAGCCGGCGGGCUUCCUGCGGCUGAGGGCUCUCAGCGGGGCCAGUGGGUGUGGGACACAGCAGGGGCUGGGAGCGUUGACUUCCCCAUGUCUAUCCGUGAGAAGAGGGAAGCUGAGGUGAAGUCUUCCAAUCAUUCUGCUGAAGAGACCACUACCACCACCAGCCACCACAACGCAUUCUCCAUGACUUCUUCGGAGUAUCCCACGGAAGAAGCCGAGUCCUCUCCAGCUCUUGAACUGCUAGACGAAAGUACGUCCCAAGAAAACAAAUAUGAUGAUUCUACCGCUACAGCAGAGCCAUUGUCUGCUAACAGCUCUGACAACGUCUCCACAGAAGUGGCCAAAGUUACAGCGGGCAACCAUCUUGAUACCUCAGCCAAGGCAGCCCCAACUCAGGGCAGCAGCCAUGUCUCCUCAGAAGCGGCAGUCCCUAGGAUAGAAGAAAUCCUUGUGAGCAGCACAGAGAGUAUGGAACAUGGCUCCUCUGUCAGGCCAAUGGGCGCGAAGGGGCUGGGGGAGAGCUCAGCUACUUCGCCACCUGAAUCUCGGACGGAGUCCCCUGACGGAGUCCUGCUUGUGAAGGAGUUGGCCAGUUGGAGGCCUGGCCUCUCCAAGGUGGGAAAGACCCAUUCCUCACACGAGGCCCACAGCGGGUGGCUCUGUCGCAGCGAAAGUCCCCUUGCAGGAGCUGCCCAUUCACACAAAUACCCUGGUGGGGAAGUGUUUGCUGGCCAUCUUAUCCUAGCUCUUGUGGCUGCCAUCUUCAUCAUCUGCACCGCCGUCCUCGCCACCCUACUGUGGCGCCAGAAGCGUGUCUGCCGGGUGCGCCGGCACAACAACACUGAGAUGGUGUGUAUCUCCGCCCUGCUGCCCGACAGCGAGCCGGUGGCCAAUGGGGAGAAGCCCAGCAAGGUAAAGAGGAUGAAGAUGCCCACGGACAACAGCUCGGAGACCGAAGGAGACAACCUGACUGUGAGCAGCUUCCUGCCGGACCAUUAGACACCUCGCCACCUGUCCAGGGGUUCUCCGAUUCUCAUUUCCUGGGCCAUCCAGCCCCCUCCUGGCACUGGAGUGACCCUAUCCAUCCCGACAUCUCUUGGGUGCAGUGUCCUAGGUGGCCAUCUAACUAGGCUUAAGGUUGCCUCCGUCUGUGUUGCGUGAGUACGGGACGUACUGUAUUUAGCCAUGACAGGGCCCAGCCCUGAGAGCCGCUGAGCAACCUCAACCCCAAAAGGCACUUGGCAUCUGGCAAGAGAGAGCCUUCAGCGAAGGCUGUUUGCCAGGAGCAGACACUGCUGAGCAUAUGGAAUGGGGGUCCGGGUGACCCUGGUUGGUUUUUCCACCUGGCUUGGGGAUUUUGAAACUGCUGUUCUGCCCUCUUGACUUCACCUGUGCCUGCUGCUUUUGAUGCUAUACGCAAGGGCCAGAUCCUUAGCUGGCGUGAAUCAGAC